UUUAAUCAUAUCGUGAAUGCAAAAAUUAUCAACACUCGAGUUAGCUAGAGAUUAAAGUGCCCGUGCAGCGCUACGCGCAGCGUCAUCGUGGGUACGUGAAUCUUGUUACGUGUUUAUACGUAACGUUAUACGAGGUAAAGUACGCGAGAUCUUUGCUUUUAUCUCGCUAACACUUGGUUGGAUCGUCGAAAUUGGACAGUCCGCGUGACAUCCUCGUAUUUUCUACACAACCGUUUCACAAACCUAAAAUUACUCUGAGAAUCAAUGGCAUAACCCUCUCCCCUCGAACAUCCGCAACAGUCCACAUGUAUCGUUUUUGACAGCCAGAUCGCAAAGUGCAUCACGAUUAAUCGUGAGAUCUAACGCACGUUUAACACAUCUCAAACUUCCAGAUUUGUCGAUGGACUACGAGAAACAAAAAGACGAGGUUACCGCGUUGGAAAGCAUCUACACCGAAGAAGAAUUUUCGUAUCACGAGGAGAAUGGCCGGUUCGAAUGCACCUUCAAAAUAUUUGUAAAUCUCCCUGCGAAAUGUCGCUUGUCGUACAAGGAUUUGAGGUACGAGGCGGACUUGGCGCAGGAGGUGCAGAUAUCGUAUCUGCCACCUUUAACAUUGCACGUCACGCUGCCGGAGGAUUAUCCAUCCACGUCCGCUCCUAUGUUUAUGUUAUGCUCCACUUGGCUAAACCCGAUAGUGCUGUCUAAGUUAUGCAGAAAGCUUGACUCGUUGUGGGAGAGCAACAAGCAGGAGAUCUUGUUCACAUGGAUGGAGUUCCUCCAGGAUAAAACGCUUAGUUUUUUAAAGAUAAAAGAUCGUGUAGACAUGGAUUCUAUGUACACGUCUUAUAAGAGAACGCUAGAGAAAUUGCAAGGUUCGGCGAACAAGGAAGCGAACGAGCCUAGUAACAAGCAAUGUAACAGCGAAGUCAGCAAAGAAAGCGUAUCGAAAAAAACCAGUGUCAUUGACAAAAGAGCCAUUCUAGACUGCCCGAUCGGUAGGAAUCCCAUUCAGAUGUUGAUCGAUUACAAUGAGAAACGAAAGCAAAUUGAAUUCAAAAAGAAUUUUUACACUUGUAAUAUCUGCUUCACCGACAAAUCAGGGGAGCAUUGCACACAGUUUCUGCCUUGCGCUCACACUUUCUGUAAAGAUUGCAUCAGAGGUUACUUUGAAGUGAAAAUCAAAGAUGGUAAUGUACAAAAUAUUUGCUGUCCCGAAGAGAAGUGCAAGUAUGAGGCUACGCCUGGCCAGGUAAAAGAGUUGGUAAGUUCGGAGUUGUUCUCAAAGUAUGAUUCCUUAUUGUUAAGUACUACGUUAGAUACUAUGAAGGACAUAGUUUACUGUCCGAGACGACACUGUCAAUAUCCAGUUACUCGCGAUCCUGAUGACAACAUGGCAAGAUGUCCCGUUUGUCAAUAUGCAUUCUGCGUUCGUUGCAAAAUGGUUUAUCAUGGGAUAGAACCCUGCAAAAUUAGUUCAGCUGAGAAACAACGAUUAUUGAACGAAUAUCAAUCAGCCAGCAAUGAGAAGAAGGCCGAAAUGGAAAAACAUUACGGCAAGAAACAGCUUCAAACGAUAAUAGAGACCACAAUGUCUGAAAAUUGGAUUAACGAUAAUAGUCACAAUUGUCCUCACUGCAAAUUUGCAAUCGAGAAAUCGGAUGGCUGUAACAAGAUGACGUGUUCGCAUUGCGGCACGUACUUCUGUUGGCUAUGCGGGACGCAGCUAAAUCCCGAAGCGCCUUAUUUGCACUAUCGACAUCCAGACUCCAAGUGUUUCAACAUGUUGUAUCGCGGAGUUAUACCCGACGAGCUGGACGACGACGACGAUUUCGAUUUUCACGCCGAAUACCUGGAUUAUUAUUCAGAGGAUGAAGAAUACAUACACGAUGAAGAUUUCGUCUUAGAAUAUGACGAUUAAAUCAAUGUUGCUUAAAUUAUAUAUUUGAUUUUCAAAUUUACAUUAUGUAUAUCAUUGAAUAACUUUUUAAACAUUUAUCGUGAUGAAAAUUUCGUAUUGGAAUAAGACGAUUGAAUCAAUGUUGCUAAAUUAUAAAUUUGAUUUGAUUUUCAAAUUUAUCAUCAAAUGAUUUUAACUGAAUUAAAGGUUGCGUUCUUGAUGCUACAAAUCGAUGCUUUGAAGCGUUUAAUUGACCAAUGCAAACAAAAAAAUUUUAUGAAUUGAUCAAAAAAUGCUUCAAAGUGUUUGAAAGGUCAAGUAGAUUAUAGUGAAAAAUAGUUGAUCAUGGAUAAAUAUAAAUUAGAUAGAAUUCAUCUUUUUACAAAAAUGUAUUCAAAUUUACAAAUGUAGUUAAAUUUUAAUUAAAUUUGAAGGAUCAUGUGAAUAUUUGUAUAUGAACGUAUGAGUCUAAUUGCAAAAUUGUAAAACUGAAUAUUGCAAAAUAUACAAAUUAUUUUUUCAAUAG